AUGGCUCUCGACUCAAGCGUCCGCUUCGGCGCAUGGAAGCUCUACACAGUCUUCCUCUAUGUUUUUUAUCUUACAAGCUUCACGGCCCAGGCUGCUCCGGCCCUUGGCGCCAUCAAUGUUCAGCAGAUGCAGGCGGCCGCCCCCAAUGCCGCCUUUGUCAAGCCCGCCAAGAGCACUUACACGCUGCUGGGGCGCAAGGUCGACGCGCAGGAGAUUCAAGAUGCCCAGAGCCUCAUCAAGCUUGCGCAGGCUGAGUCUCGACAGGCAAACAUGCGCAUGAUGAGCCACCCGCGCGUGGCUAACAACGAGCACCAGCUCAAGCCUCAUCGCAGCUUCCCUGAUGCUCGCUCGCUCCUCCAGACCCCCGAGGAGGACCGUCUCUUGGGUCCCCGUGACGCGGAGGUUCCCUUGCCCACUGCUGCUGACUACAUGCCACACAACCAGACCGUCAAGGAGGCUGCUGCCCUGCUUGCUGAGUUUUCCAACCUCGGAAAGCCCAAGAAGCGCGCUGCACAGGCUACUUCGUACUGGCUGGCUAACACGCGCCAUGGAAAGAGCCCUUUCAACCCUACCGGCGGCUACCAGGUCUUCCGUAAUGUGCAGACAGACUGUGGUGCCCGAGGUGAUGGUGUGACGGACGAUACUCAGGCUAUUCAGAACUGUAUUGCUAACCAGAACCGAUGCGGUGGCAACUGUGGUUCGUCGACGGUGGCUGGUGCGGUCAUCUACUUCCCUCCGGGUAACUACAUCAUUAGUACAUCUAUCCAGAUGUACUACUACACGCAGAUGGUUGGUGAUGCUACACAGAUGCCUACGUUGACUGCCUCUUCGUCGUUUGUUGGUCUGGGUGUCUUGAGCUCGGAUUACUACUUCCCUGGAGGUAAUGGCGCCGAGUGGUAUGUCAACCAGAACAACUUUUACCGACAAGUGCGCAACUUUGUGAUUGAUACGCGCAAUGUGCCGACGAGCCAGGUUGCUGGUCUGCACUGGCAGGUUGCUCAGGCUACUAGUCUGCAAAACUUGCAGUUUGUCAUGUCCAAUGCCCAGGGCGCCAACUCGGUCGGUAUCUUCAUGGAGAAUGGCAGCGGUGGUUUCUUCUCUGACAUUACCUUUACCAACGGCUUCAUCGGCAUGCAAUGCGGCAACCAGCAAUUCACCACCAGAAACCUCGUCUUCAACAACGUCAACACCGCCAUCACUCAAUUCUGGGACUGGGGCUGGACUUGGAAGUCCCUCACCAUCAACAACGCCAACAUCGGCCUCAACAUCAUCCCCGACCAAAACAACCUCAACACCGCCAUCACCACCUUUUCCUACGUCAUCCUCGACUCCAAGAUCAGCGCCAACACCGCCAUCCUUACCUACCCCGUCAACAACCGCGACAGCACCGGCUUCACCCAGCUGACCCUCGACAAUGUCGACUUUUCUUCGUCCCAGACCGCCAUCAAGGACACCAGCAACAAUGUCAUCCUCAACGGCGGCCAGCAUGUCACGUCGUGGGCCCUCGGCGAGAUUGUUACCACCUCUAGUCCCUCUGGCCAGGCCGUAAACGGCGUCAACUUGAACCCCUCAAGAAACCCUCCUGGUGGUUUACUUGGUGGCCCUCAGGGCGGCUACUUUGAGCGAGCCAAGCCUCAGUAUGAAAAUGUCCCUGCAUCUAGCUUCGUCAAUGCUCUCGACCGCGGCUGCCACGGUGAUGGCCAGUCUGACGACACGGCCUGCCUCAACUCCAUCUUCUCGCAGCCCGGAUACGUCUUCUUGCCUGCUGGUGUGUACAUUGCUACGGAUACCGUGCGCGUGGUUCCUGGUGUCAAGAUUGUUGGCGAGGCUUGGAGUCAGAUCAUGGCCAGUGGUAACAACUUUGCUGAUAUGAACAACCCCCGUGUUCUUCUGCAGGUUGGCCAGCGCGGCGAUGUCGGAUCUGUCGAAAUGCAGGACUUGCUGUUCACCACAAAGGGCAACACUGCCGGUGCUGUGCUUGUCGAGUGGAACAUCAAGGCUAGCUCUGCCGGAUCAGUUGCCAUGUGGGAUUGCCACUUCCGUGUUGGUGGUGCUCUUGGAUCUAACCUUCAGUCUGGCAACUGCCCUAAGCUCACCGGUAACAUCAACUCCAACUGCAUUGCCUCCAGCAUGCUGCUUCACCUCACUCCAGGCUCAUCUGGCUACUUUGAGAACGUCUGGGGCUGGGUCGCCGACCACGAUCUCGACGUUGAGGCGCAGACACAGAUUGACAUUUACGCCGGCAGAGGCGCCUUGAUUGAGAGCACCGACCCCGUCUGGAUGUAUGGCACUGCCAUGGAACACAACGUCUUCUACCAGUACCUCAUCCACAACGCCGCCAACGUCUUCAUGGGUAUGAUCCAGACUGAAGGUCCCUACUACCAGUCCACACCGGCUGCCCCUGCUCCCUUUGGCUCUACCGUCGGCAAGUUUACCGGUGAUCCCGACUUCUCGGGAUGCCCUGGCGGCUCGCAGACUUGCGCCAUGUCUUGGGGCCUCCGCGUCGAGAACUCUCACGAUAUCCUUGUUUACGGUGCCGGUCUCUACAGCUGGUUCCAAAAGUACGACCAGGGAUGCCUCAACCCUCGCAACUGCCAGGACAACAUUGUCUACUCGUCCAACAACUCGCGCUUCUUCCUCUACAAUCUGGUGACUGUCGGCACGCAGUGGAUGGUGAAUGCUCCUGGUACACAGACGAAUCUACCUGCGACGCAAUUUGCCAACAAGAAUGCCUACACGUCUUCGUUUAACGCUUAUUUGGUGCAGGCCAAUUAG